GUUCUUGGCCCUGCGUUAUUUAACAUUUUGAUUAAUGACCUGGAAGAAAGCAUAAAAUUAUCACCGAUAAAGAUUCCAGAUGACACACAAAUUGGGGGAAUGGUAAAUAAUAAAGAGGAGAGAUCACUGAUACUGAGUGAUUUGGAUCGCUUGGUAAGCUGAACACAAUACUGUUUCUCGCUCUGACAAUUAAAGCAGAAAUUAAGGGUUGCAUCUUGAAAAGUGACCUGUGUGGGCACAUCCCUUUUUCCAUGUGGUGCAUCUCUGAAGUACUGGGGCCUACAGUGAUUAAUACACAUCGAUCCUGAAUCCUAAGUCCUUAUUUUAAAAAUAAAUGUUUCUCAGUUGUAAAAGUACACCAUAAUAGAAAUGUAAUGUAUUGGUUUUAUAUGCAAAACUAUUACAGAGAAAAUGCUUUUGGAUCUGAGAACAUCUCUGUUUUCAGCCCAAGGGGACUCUUUUUUUAUAUAAAAGUUAUAAAAACUUUUACAUUAAUUAUUUCAGUACAACUUAAAGACAGACCCUAAUUCAGUCACUCCUCUCUCAUUUCUCUUAAUUAAGGCCCCAAUCCUUCUGAUUCAUACUUAACUUUAAACAGUGAAUUGUCCUAUUGACUUCAGUGAGAUACACAGUGUGUAAAGUUAAGCACAUGUAUUAAUCUUUGUAGGAUCAGGGACUGAGUCAUUAAAAUAAUAGAGUGGGUGCUAUUUAAAAACUUCAGCAUUUACAUCUCCUUGUGGUAAUUGAGAAUAAUAUAUAUAGUACUGCUGUUAGUGCAGAACAGUAAAUGCUGAAUUUUAAAUUGCACUCAUUGUACUUAUGAUAUUUUUAUGUAUAUAAAAACUUUACAACCUCAAAGUAUAUGCAGAUAUUAAUGUAUUCUUCUGUCAUUAAUCUGCCACUACUUAGUGAUAUGGUCUAUACAACAUUCUUACCUGAACGAGAGUGUCUUUUAGUACAUUAUGCCCCAUUUAAGCACCAAGGCUUGAUUUUAAAUGGUGCUGAGCACCCACAGAUCCCGCUGAGUUUUGGCUGGUCAACACUUGUGAAGAUCACAUCCUUCAGUGUGGACUUUGCACAGGGCCUUGUGUGGUAUGGAUUGAGGGGUGGGGUGAAUUAUUCCAAAUCCUGAGAAGUCUUCUGGAAGCUAUGGGCCAGUUCCUGUUGAAGUUUAAUGGGGAUUUGCUUCAACAUGAAUUCGGACAAAAGAUUAAAUAAUUUUUAAAAUUGUACAAAGGUGCUAAUGUAAGUUAGUGAUGCUACAGGAAAUCUGCGUCUUUAUUGGUCUGAUCUUGUAGGUGCUCCAUACACAGGACUUCUAGUGGAAAUUCAGUAUGGAUUGAGCACUGUGCACCCAGCUCCUCUGUAAUUUCUGUUACUAUUGAAAUAUUUAAUUUAGUUCAGAAUAAAAAGUUUUAAAUGGCUGCUGGAAUGAUGAAUUGAAAAAAUAUCAUCACGGGGAAGAAAUAACCUUCAAUAAUAUUUCUAGCUAGAUUGUAACAUAUAUGUUAAUUAUUUUCACUGACUAAGAUUUUUCAGCAUCAUGUAAUUACGUUUUGCGAAAAGCUGACGAGCACAUAAGGAAACCUAUGUCUGAUAAAAGUAUCACAUGAAAUGGAUGAAUUUGGAGGAACAUCUGGACAUGCAAGGAUAAGAUUAUGUAGAAACCAUCAGACUUUGGAUAUGUCUUGGUUAAAUUCUAGCCUACAGGAGACAUUAUUACUAGGAAAACCAUGGCAUAAGACAAGAUGCAUACUGGUCCUGAGAUACCCUCACCUAUUCUAAAUUGCUCAGCAAGUGAUAUACUGGGGGCCUCAAUCUGUGCCAUAAUCUCAUUAGAUUAUGAUAGUAUGUUAACUGUGUGUGAAAGGCUAAGUGGAAAAUUACUUCCAAAGACACUUCGGGAGUUUAUCUGGACUGAUAAACUUCUAAAAGCGGAUGCAAAAGUUGACAAGUUUGAAAGAAUAAUAAUUCUCGAGAGAGAAGCUAGAGUGAAGUUUGGACGAACAGUGGAGCACCAAAUUGCUAAACUGAAAAUUAGAAGUGACACCCGAUCACCAAUUUCAGGCCUUAUUGAAAAUGCAGUUGUGGAGAAAUAUGAAAAGACACCCUGCAUGCAUUCUUUUGCCACAAAUGAACAUAUGAUUUCAGAGACCAGCAAAACCUUAAAUGUCCUCUAUGUUUUCAAUGGCACAUGGGAACCUUACCUAAUCUAUUGGCUUUUUCCUUUGCAAAUGGCAUUUAAGCAAAUAAUGCCUACAGCUGAACAUCCCUAUGAACUGGCUAUGUACCUGCAUUUCCUACAUCAAAACUUAUUCCCAUCAUGGACAGAGACCUUUGCAAUGGCUGAGUGGAUGAUGAGCCUUCUGGAGAGAGAGGAUACUGAAUUCUUCACUCAUCUUCAGCAGUGUUUCAGAAAGAAUUUUGCAGUUGACCCAAAAAAUUUCCUGGUGGAGUUGAUAGUUCGAGAAAGAGAGAAAGUUCAAGAACUCUACACCGCCACAGACAGAUCUGAGCAAAACAUACAUCUAACCAAGGAAUUACUGGCAAGCCGAGUCAUUUUCCUCAGAAAGUGGAUGGAUGAAGGCUUUGUGAUUAUACUGGAUUUUCCUGCAGUGUUGUUGAUUUGGGAUCAAUUGUACAUGCAAGAUUGGAAUCAAAAGGUGAUGGAGAAUUUCUGUCUCUCAAUCCUUAUGCUAUUAAAGGAUUCACUAAUGGCUGCCAAUGAUUAUCCAGCUAUAAGAGAGGUGUUUUUGUUCUAUGGUUGUCAUCUUCUUACAGCUGAUAUUCAAAGGCCUGGAUUCAUCUUCAGCAAGGUGGUUUACCAUCUGACAUCUCUGGGUUUAGCAGGCAAAAUCAAAGGUCAAGAACUUCCCUUGUUUUACAGAUACAAGGAUGUACUGAUUGGAAACAUGCUGCUGAAAUUAAAGAGCUGCCUUAAAAACAAACAAAAACAAACCUUUGUAAAACUGUAUUGAACACUUUGUAGGC